GUGGUGUCUCAUUAUAUACAGUGCGCACUAAUAUUACACUAAACGAGGGCACCGUCCGCCUCACUUACCAGACAUACCAUACUGUUCGUAGUACACGUAAACGAGUACGGACUGUCUGACAAAAAGAAGUAGAAAAGCGUCCGUUCUCAAUUCUCAAGGAGAUAGCCAAAUACACAGCGCGCGCUCGGGAUGGUUCGCCUUUUUGUCUCUAAUCACAGGCACACGCAACGACCUCUGGGUUUGACAUUCGGCGGCAGUGAUUUUCAAACGGAGUAGCAUAUACGUAUUUUGCAAUAAGUGCAUUUAGUUGGCAAGUGGAUGACAAUGGGUGAGACAAAGGGCUCUACCCAUCGACGGCUGUUUUGGGGCACCGCAUAGCUUUCUGCGCUCUGGACAGCCUCAUUUCUAUCAACAAAUAUGACGCGCUCUUUUAUUUAUUUCCACACUGUGUGGACAUCCAGAGAACUGCUUGAGAGUUGCAGGUGACGAAUAUAUUAAUUUUUUUAUUGAAUAAAUAAGUGGCGCGCGCCUGUCUCGCGCAGGUGGAUUCAAUGAAGAGGUACUGGACAAGGCAAGAGGAACCCGCGUAAAACUGGACAUUAAAAUAUUUUUUUAUAAAUUACUUUAAGAAUGACUCCGAUAGGCAUGGAUUGGAUACAUACACUUUCUCUGGACUACAGUUAAUUCAUUUACACAUGACUUUCACUUGAAAAGCCAUUGUCGCGUGAUUAUUUAGCCUAACAUCGCAUCGAUUUUCGUCGCGUGGAAGAAUGCCCGAGGACUUCUCCGCGGCACAAGCCCUCUACAUGGGCAUGGAGGUGGUGAUCGCCGUAUCUUCUGUAUUAGGAAACGUGAUGGUGGUCUGGGCGGUAAAAAUUAACAGAUCUCUGAGGGACACGACGUUUUGCUUCAUUGUUUCUCUGGCACUCGCCGACAUCGCAGUAGGAGCGUUGGUCAUACCCUUGGCGAUAACUAUAAGCAUCGGACUUCAAACUCACUUCUACAGUUGCUUGCUGGUGGCUUGCACAGUGCUGGUUCUGACCCAAAGUUCAAUUCUUGCCUUGCUUGCUAUUGCCAUUGAUCGAUACCUUAGAGUCAAGAUCCCAACCAGUUACAAGCGUGUGGUAACUCCGAAACGAGCCGCAAUAGCAGUAUUCGUGUGCUGGAUGGUGGCCUUCAUAGUCGGCUUGACUCCCAUGCUGGGCUGGAACAAUUUAAGUAACCUGCGACAUAAAAACGGCUCAAUCGGCCCUGACCUCAUCGUCACCUGCCAAUUCGAGAACGUCAUCAGUAUGGAAUACAUGGUCUAUUUCAACUUUUUUGGCUGGGUGCUGCCCCCUUUGCUUUUCAUGGUCAUCAUUUACUCCGAGAUCUUCUACAUGAUCCACAAGCAGCUGAAUAAGAAGGUGAGCAGCCACGCAGAACCGAACAAGUAUUACGACAAAGAACUGAAGCUGGCGAAGUCGCUGGCGUUAGUGCUUUUUCUAUUUGCCGUCAGCUGGCUUCCUCUGCACAUCGUGAACUGCAUCACGCUCUUCUGUCCGAAAUGCGAAAAGCCCAUGUUCCUCCUUUACAUCGCCAUUCUGCUCACUCACGGCAACUCCGCCGUCAACCCCAUCGUUUACGCUUUCCGUAUCAAGAGGUUUCGUACCGCGUUCCAUAGGAUCUGGAAGCAGUACUUCUGUUGCAAGGAUGCUCCGCCCCCUGAGCCCUAUCAGAGCGAGAGACUGGAUAACAACCACUACAUUGGUGUCGCUGCUCCUCCUGAACUUAAUUUGGAACAUAACGUCUGACUAAAAUCCCAGCAUGCUUUGAGGAGGCCUUAUGGGUUCAGUCAUGGUGUGUUUGUAUUGAAUGUAAAUCAGAGAUAAUGCCAUGAACACUGAGGAUAAAAUGUAAAGACUACAAAUGCCCAGAGAAGUGAGUUGAAUCACUUAAGAGAAGGGAACCUACAGAAAAUCGAGCUUUAGGAAGCCGCCUUGAAGAACAUUUCAGGAUGUUCGUGAAAGAACAUCACAGUAAUUUUUUUAUGAUUUAAACAGCACUGUUAAUCUUUUCACAAUUAAGGUAUUCAAAAUUGUGCAAUAUGAUUAAACAUUAAUGUGAUUAAUAUGGAAAGAUCUUAUCACCAGUAACUAGUCCAAUCUGAAUGUAUACAGUAUCACAGCACACUCUCAGGUUCUCAGCCAUUCUGCUUGUAUUGUGAACCUUUGUGCACAAGUACGGGAUGAGGAUGUCAUAAACAGUGACAGGAAUAAGGAGGUACAAAAGUACAUAUACUGCUGGCAGCUGAAACAGGAUUUUACUCACAGUCGAAUUGAGUUUUUUUUUUGCCUUUUAGCAAAUCUGUGUGUUUGUGUGUGUGUGUGUGCAUGCAUGUGUGCGUGUGUGUUUACAGUAUGUGUGUGUAUUCAGUAUGUAAGGGAUUGAAUGUAUGUCAGAACGACUGGACCUGUAAGAGGAAAUGAAGCAAAUAUUCACUAAAUAUUCCUAUUAAUCUUUUUAUGUGGUGAUAAGAAGAAGCCAAAACAAACUUUCAGUUUAUUACUAAAGAUAUUUAGUAAUGUAUUUAAACCUGUAUUAUGUAUAAGUUUUUAGGGUUCAAAAUGAUCAAACCUGAUAGUGUUAUAUGAUUCAGUAUUAUAGCAGUAUUCAGGUAUACUCUUUCAAUCUUAAAGGGGACAUAUCAUGAAAAUCUGACUUGUUAUAUGUUUAAGUGCUAUAAUUGGGUCUCCAGUGCUUCUAUCAACCUAGUAAUUCUGAAAAAGAUGAACCCAGCAACUUAGUUUUGGUAAACUAUACUCUACAAGCAUGUAAAAAAUAUGUAAUUGAAAUUUGGCUCCCCUUGUGAUGUCCGAAGAGGAUAAUGUAGCCCCUUAAUCUGCACUAUCCAACCACGGCACUGCCAUUUAGUGCAAAGCUCAGCUCAUUAGCAUUUAAAACGACACCUAAAAACGGCACAUUUUUGCUCACACCUACAAAGUGGCAAUUUUAACAUGCUAUAAAAAAGGAUAUAUGGGGUAAUUUGGGCUAGAACUUCACAUACACACUCUGUGGACACCAAAGAUUUAUUUUACAUCUUUAAAAAAGUCUGGUGAAAUGUCCCCUUUAAUUGUUGACACACAAAACAUUUACAUGAGUAUGUUACUAUACACUCUUGUUAAAUGUGUGUAGCAGUUGUUUUCCUAUAAUUCAGUUGGUAUAGCAUUGCAUGAGCAGCGCAAAGGUUGUGGUUUUGAUUCCCAAUCCGAGGGAACACAAAUACUGAUGGAAAAACGUAUAUCCUUGAAUGCACUGUCGCCCUUGAAGUCCCUUAUGGAUACAUAUUGAGAAUUUUAAAUUCUCUCAGAGGAAAAGUUCCCCCAAGGUUAACAUUCUGUCACUAUUUAUUUACUAAAGCUAAUGUUGCUUCAAACCUUUAACAACAUUUUAGGGAGAAUGUGCUUUUUUCAUUAAAGGUGCAGUGUGUAAUUUUUAGAAGGAUCUUUUGAAAGAAAUGCAAAAUAAUAUACAAAACUAUAUUAUCAGUGGUGAAUAAAGACCUUUUAAAAUGAACCAUUAAUGUUUUUAUAACCUUAGAAUGAGACUUUUUAUCUACAUACACAGAGGGUCCCCUUACAUGGAAGUUGCCAUUUUGUGCCGCCAUAUUUCUACAGAAGCCCUUAACGGACAAACUUUUUUACGACGUUGUCUCCGAUGAUGAAAUGUUUGUCCGGUGGUGGCUACCAUAGCUUCUUUAUGCAUUUCAAAAGUGAGGGUUGGGCAGUGGACUGAGCCCUAAAUGCCGCUUAAAUUUACACACUGCACCUUUAAAUGAACAUAAACUGUAACCUUUGAAAUGACAUUAAGGUGAGUAAGUAAGGUGUGUAAUUUUUUCAAGAGAUGACUAUAAGUACAAUAAGCCAUUUUUGAAUGAUUUCCUGAAGUGUCAACAUUGUGGAUCUGUGGCACUAUUAAAACAUUCAGGUUGUCUGAUCAACUGAACACAAAGAAAGUGUUUGGGAAACUUGUUUAAGACGUGGUGACACACAGUGGUGAUUCAUUUUACAAUUGCAUUUGAUGACGCGAGUGAGGCAGAAAUGAGACACCUCAGUAUUAAGAUCUGUCUGAUCUCACAUGUCAAUGUACUAGCAGGUCUCUACCUAAUGGCAUCAAAACUGAACAUGUAUUUAAUCUGUACAUAACAAUGUAAUGCACUAUGUAUAAGUACAUUAUGUUCAUAAUGGUUAAACAGUUGUGGAAUUACAAUCAUUUGUAUAUGAAGGACUUCUGAGUAAAUGGGAUGUAUGGGCUAACUAAAUCUGCCACAUUGUUUUUACUUUAUAGUAUUUCAGCAGACAGACACAUCCUUUGUGCCAAUCUGCAUGCAAUCCAUCCUAUGUAGUAUUGGAAAUUAGAAUUGAUACGUCUAUGUUGAAAUGAGUAUCUUUAAAGCAUGCGGAUGGUCUACGUUUCAUAGGUUAAAUCUGUAGUGGAGAUCCAUGCGCACACAAGCAUGUGUAAUCAUAU